GUCUUCUGCAACAUGGAGACGGGAGAGACCUGCGUCUACCCAACCCAGGCCACCAUCGCCCAGAAGAACUGGUACGUCAGCAAGAAUCCCAAGGAGAAGAAGCACGUCUGGUUCGGCGAAACGAUGAGCGACGGCUUCCAGUUCGAAUACGGCGGCGAGGGCUCCAACCCGGCCGACGUGGCCAUCCAGCUGACCUUCCUGCGCCUGAUGUCCACCGAGGCGUCCCAGAACAUCACCUACCACUGCAAGAACAGCGUCGCCUACAUGGACCGCGACAGCGGCAACCUGAAGAAGGCCCUGCUCCUGCAGGGCUCCAACGAGAUCGAGAUCCGGGCCGAAGGCAACAGCCGCUUCACCUACGGCGUCACCGAGGACGGCUGCACGAGUCACACGGGAGCCUGGGGCAAGACAGUCAUUGAGUACAAGACGACGAAGACCUCUCGCCUGCCCAUCAUCGAUUUGGCCCCCAUGGACGUUGGCGCUCCGGACCAGGAAUUCGGCAUCAACAUCGGCCCCGUCUGCUUCUUGUAAACCGGAAACCCCACGCGUACAGGAAAGAGU